AUGUCUCGUGUCGCCUUCGUCGCCGGUGCCGCCCUGCUCCUGGGCGCCAGCUGCUUCGUGCUGCCGGGCAGCACGCCAAGCAGCGCCCCGGAGGUGCAGGUCUCCACCGGCCGCUCGGCGGGCGCUGCGGCGCCGGAAGCGGAGUCCACAACCGCGGCUUUCAGCCCGCUUGCCCUUGGUGCCGCCCUGGGCUUGCUGGCCGCAGUGGUGGGCAGCCGCCCGGCUUUGGCCGCGGACCUCGAGAACGGCGAGGCCAUCUUCAACGGCAACUGCACCGCCUGCCAUGCCGGUGGUAACAACAGCAUCGUGGCGGAAAAGAAGUUGAAGAAGGAGGCGCUGGUGCAGUACGGCAAGUACGACGUGCAGGCCAUCAUCACCCAGGUCACCAACGGCAACGGCGCCAUGCCGGCCUUCGGUGAGAAGCUCGGCCCGGAUGACAUCGAGGAUGUGGCCAACUACGUCUACGGCAAGGCCGACAAGUGGUGA